AUGACUUGGAUUACUCUCAUCCAGAGAACAAUUCUCCUUUCUCUUACUGGACCUGGACUGGUGGGGAACAUCAUCAUGUUUGUGAUGUACAUACAUACUUUUGUAACAGGCCAUGAGAAAAAACCCACUGACUUAAUCCUUAUUCAUUUGGCAUUUUCACAUACAAUCAUGAUUUGUAGCAUUGGGAUCAGAGGUGUAGCUGCAGCUUUCUACUUCAGAAACUUCCUAGGCAAUACUGGUUGUAAAAUUGUGGUGUAUAUGGGAAGGGUGGCCAGAGGAUUCUCCAUCUGUAACACCUGUCUCCUCAGCAUGGUGCAAGCCAUCACCAUCAGUCCCAGGACUACCCUGUGGAGAAAGCACAAACCACAGACUGCAUGGCAAGUUCUUCCCUGUCUCCUUCUUUUGUGGAUAUUUAAUUUUCUUAUAAGUUCCAACUUGCUCAACUAUAUCACAUCAGCCAGCAGAAUGAACAGAACUGGGAUUGAAAUGUACAUUGGGCACUGUUACAUGAUGCCAUCUAGGCAAACAGUCAGGUGGCUUUUCCUCUUUCUCAUGACUCUUCGAGACAUUGUCUUCCAGAGUCUCAUGGGCCAGAGCAGCGGGUAUAUGGCUGUACGACUAUAUGAGCACCACAAGCGUGUCCUCUACCUGCACAACUCCAGGUCUCCAAAUAAUUUCAGCCCAGAAAUCAGAGCUACUCAAAGUAUUCUCAUUCUCACAGCCUGUUUUCUUUUCUUUUACUGGGCAGAUUUCAUUUUUUCCUUCUACAUAGGUUUCAAUCUGACUCACACAUCCACAAUAUUAUAUAUUAAAAUAUUUCUAUUACUUGGUUAUGUGGUUCUCAGUCCCUUUGUACUGAUGAGCAGAAAUACCCGUGUUGCUUAA